GAGAAGAAACAUUGAUAGAGCGAUAAAGAGGCACAAUGCUGAGUGGAGAAACUAUCAAGAAACUCGGGGCUUCCGACGUUGGCUGCAAUACAAAAGGUGUCGAAACAUGGCUAUUAAGUUACAGCGGCAGGCGAAGUACUCAUAUGAGCUUAGGUUGGCCAAAUUUGCGAAAACUAAUUCCAAGUGUUAUUACAGUUAUGUCCAGUCAAAGGCUUCUUUAAGAGAGGUGGUCGGCUGUCUAACCAUGGAGGACGGUACCCAGGCUGUAGACGACGUUGAUAAAGUAGAAGCGCUGCUACGUGUCUACCAAAACCUGCAUCGGAAGGAUAGUGGGUCAGCCUUGCCAUCACAGCCGCACUGCUCAACUAGCUACACAAUGCGGGAAAUUAUUCUCAAUGUGUCAGAGGUCUUCACAGUGCUGGCCAGUUUGAACCCUUAUAAAUCAGCUGGUCCUGAUAGCGUACAUCCCGCCAUAGUUAAGCCUCUGGCUGAUAUCCUUCAGUAUCCCGUAGCGGAGUUAUUCAACCAGUCUCUUCAAGAAGGCAAGCUGCCACGUGAUUGGAAGGAGGCGACUAUUGUUGCCAUCCACAAGGGGGGUUCUAAGUCGGUGCCUCUUAACUAUAGACCUGUUAGUUUGACCAGCAUCAUGCUGAAAUGCUUGGAAAAGCUUAUAAGGAACAGGAUCUGUGAGCACUUGACUGAGCACAAUCUAAUUAGAGCGGAACAGCAUGGCUUUCUUAAAAAGAAGUCUUGUCUUACCAAUUUAUUGUGCUUUUUAGACGAGAUUACCCGUUGUCUUGAUGGUGGGAUAUCGGUAGAGGUGUGCUAUUUGGACUUCAGUAAAGCCUUUGACUCAGUGAAUCAUCGAUUUUUAAUUGAGAAGCUGACAUGGUUUGGAUUGCAUCCUCAACUAUUACUAUGGCUCUCUGAAUUCUUACGUGGAAGGACAUUCAGAGUCAGGGUUGGGGAAGCGAGUUCUAGUGUUGGCCAUGCCUACAGCGGUGUCCCCCAAGGUUCGGUACUGGGUCCAUUGCUGUUUCUUAUGUUUAUAAAUGACCUGGCUCCUCUUCUUGAGGAUCCCUGCUACAUCUUCGCAGAUGACUUGAAGCUAGUCAGUAGGGGAAACCGAGCGACAUUGGCUAAGGACAUCAUCACUGUGGUGAAUUGGUCAAGCCAAUGGGACCUACCUCUAAAUGCCAACAAAUGUCAACUAUUGACUAGUAGUGGUAGCGGAAUUGCAGUUCAGUCUCCUGUGGGAUCUCUAUCAUUGCGGUGUACUGACGAAGCCCGUGAUCUAGGUGUCAUCGUAGCGAACAAUUUUAAGCCUUCGGCACAGUGUCGCCAUGCUGCCAAUAAAGCACGACACGAGUUAUUUCGUCUUAGGAGGGCGCUGAGUAACACUAAAGCAGAAGUAUUCUUGCCGUUAUAUAAAGCAGUGGUUAGGCCACAUCUGGAGUAUUGUGUUCAGGCCUGGUCACCGUACCUCCGGAGUGACAUCAUUUGUAUAGAAAAGAUUCAGAAACUUGCGACCAGGAUGAUUGAAGGUCAACGAGGGAAGUCUUACGAAGAUCGUCUAAGUAGCUUAGGAUUAUUUUCCUUGGAACGGCGUAGGUUGAGAGGGGAUUUGAUAGAGACGUUUAAGAUCAUUAAGGGACUUAGUGGUAUUAGUUCCACCCAUCUGUUUGAGUUGGCUAUGUCAGACCAUCUGCGCGGGCAUCGCCUGAAGCUCAAACAUCACAGAGCUCGUUUGGACAUCAGGGCAAAGUUUUUACGAACCGAGUAGUUAACUUCUGGAAUAAACUUCCUUCUGAUUUAGUGGAGUCUGAGACCGUAGAAGCCUUCAAAAGGGGCUUAGACGAUUGUUGGUCCAUCCUUUUUCCAGAGGUAUUGUAGUUGUACUGGAAUAUGUAGUGUAUUUUGAUGCUGGCAUAUGAAAGUGCAAAGAUUGCUCUUGUUCUUGCUUCAUUCCAUUGCAGAAGCAAGAAGAGACAAUCCAACGUCGAAGUGCCGGGGGCCGCUUCACUUACCGGCACAAGAACUGGACGCUCGUUAGGCGGAAGCCUCUAUCGUC